CUGCCAACAUGGAGCAAGAAGUGGUGGGGAGCUUCGUUCUUCUGGUCAUUGUUACUCUUUUAAGUGUCAUCCAGAAUGCCUUUUUUGCAAGCAAGUUAGAACAUGAAAGCAAGAACUACACAGGCAAAGUUCUUCAGCGAGGAGGGUCAUCUGCCUUUGACCGAGUCUUCACUGCCAACCAGAACUGCAGAGAUGCCUAUCCUACCUUUCUUGCAGUGCUUUGGUGUGCUGGUUUGCUUUGUAGCCAAGCUCCUGCUGCCUUUGCUGGGCUGAUGUACUUGUUUGUAAGACAGAAGUAUUUUGUUGGCUAUUUGGGAGAAAGGACACAGAGCACACCUGGUUACAUUUUUGGGAAACGCAUCAUAUCGUUCCUUUUCCUUAUGUCUGUGGCUGGAGUCCUCAACUAUUACCUAGGCCUCUUUUUUGGAAGCGACUUUCAGAUGUAUAUAAAAACCGUGACGGGUACCAUCUCCCCGCUGCUGCUUAUUCCUUAAAUCUCAGCAGCAAAGAGUUGGAAGAGAUGGGGAGAGAACAGAAGAGAUCAAGAUGCUUAGUCAAUCAAUUCCAGAAGCAGAUGUUUGAAAUGAACCUGCAAAGCUCAUAUCAGAUUGCUAUAAAUCUAAUGCUCUUUCGGGUUCUGUAGUUUUGAUUUAACACUGCUUUUUCUCUGCAAGAAAAUUAUUUAUGGCGAGCAGCUGACAUGUCUUUGGAAGAAGAGUAAUAUAUCCCAGUAAAUUACAGAUCCCCUUUUCUAUAAAUGGUAACUUGCUUGCUUGGUUUGGGGCACUGAAUUGUAAGGGGAAAAUUUCAUUGUCAUCAAUUUUUUAUACCAUUGACUUCAACAGAAGAGUAUAACUCUGCUUAGAGUUGUACAGUUAAUAGAAAUGUAUGCAUAUACUUAUAACCUGGUAUUCACUAUCAUAUUAGUUAACUAUAAAUAAGAAUAAAAUAUUGUUUGUGUAUUUUUCUAGAAGAGAAAGCAUGACAGUAUCUUAAAUAAAAUAAUGUACUGUGAAUGAAUUUACUUUACUGAGGGCUAUAUCCUUAUUGUCACUAAAGUCUGCUGCCUAAAGCACAAAUCAAGUGUGACAAUAAUUGUUAUCGGAUUGAACAAAUGUUCAAAAUACUGGAUGCAAACUUUAGAGUUACACAUAAUUGUUCAAGCAUAGCAUUUUAAAACACAAAAUAUAUGCAACCCAAUGGUACACAGUGAUAAUGGCGGUCAGUUAUGUUUUAAUGGAUAUGAUUUGUUAUUAAAUCACUCAUAGUGCAAAUCCUAAACAGAGUUACCCCCUUCAAAUCCAAUGAAGUCAAUGGGCUUAGAAGGGUGUAGCUCGAGUAAUUCUGAAUAUGCAGCUGGUCACUCAAGAUCAUUUAUUGUUUAUUCUGUCAUUAGAAAACUUUCAAAAUGUGAUAGGUUUUUUCUGUUUUAUUACUUUAAUGAUUUAAUACUUCAGAAGGAAAAGAAAACAGAAGACAUCAGUUCACAGAAAAUAAAGCAUAUGGUUGUAUGUUAUUGUGAAACGUAUUCUGAUAUUCUAUAAAUAAAAUCCAUCUCUCUGUA